AUGACCACAGAACGAAAUUAUCGCACUGUCGGUGAUAUAACAAUUAAAAAUAAAGAAUCAGCAAAUCAAAUAAAUAAAAAGAAAGUUGACAUUUCAUACGGCAGAGCCGAAACAAAUUUCAAUGAUAUUGCGAUCGUUCAAUUACAAAAACCACUCACAUGUGAUGCACCUUAUUUUGUUGUCGAUGUACAUAGAUGUGAUCCAAAUACAAUAAUAUCCAUUGGUAUUGCACCAUUAGAUAUUGAUGCACAUGCAGGUCAAUUCAGUAACUCUCUUGGUUAUCAAAAUAACUCAGGCCGAAUAUAUACAUCAUGGAAAAUUCAUGCGAAUACACUUGCACUACGAUAUGGCAAAGGUAGUACAGUGUCCAUAUAUGUGACUUAUUUUGGAGAACACCUUUCAACGGUACUUAUUUUCUAUAACAAUUUCCCAAUAGCUACAAGAUAUCAUUUUGAAGGAAAUAAAACUAGGUAUCUUCCGACAAUAACAUUUUCUGGUGGACCUGCUUAUGUAUCUGUUCUCUGGCCUGAUGCUGUCGAAUACUUACCAUCGAUUACUGAUAUAUCCGUUUCUCAAUGGAUUCGAGGACCUUUGGGUAGUUAUAAUCCAGACACAAAUCUUUUUGAAAAUCGUUCAAAAGUAGAAGAUCUACCUAUACAAUCACCAAUACCAUUGAGUAAAUCGUUUCGUUAUUUUAUUAUUACACAAGAAGAGGUCUCAUCAACUGAUGGAAAAGGUGCUAGUGUUGGUUUAGCUACUUGUUCUCCAUUAAAACCAACACCAACAUGUUCGUUAUUGAAAGAUUAUUAUACAUGGUUUUCUAAAACGAAAAUGAAAGUUGGAAAUACGAUUGGUUGGGGAGUGUUUUAUGAUGAAAAUUGUAAAAAUGAUAAAGCUGAACAAUUGUGUCUUGUCUUCGUUAUGUUUAAUAAAUCAAUAGUUGAUGCUCUUUUUGUUCUACAGCCUGAAGGUGGUUUUUUUCCAAUUGUAUUACUUCAACCAUAUGCAUCGAAAGUAUCAAUCGAAAGACAUGAUAUAUUAACAACAGAGGAGUUAAAUAAACUUCAAGGACUUUAUGCACAAAUGGUGAGACCGGCUAUGGAAAUUUAUCGAAAAGAUACCGAGGAACGAUAUUUAUCGGAAAAAUUAUUUCGAAAAAGUGAACAGAUUCUACUCUCCAUUGAUAAUUACAAAUGUCGAGUAUCACUGCCAAAAACUGAAAACAGCAUUCAUUAUAUUCAAUUUUGUAAACCAUUAACUUAUGAACGACGUUUCUUUUUUGUUGAAUUAGAAAAUAUUACUAAAAAUUGUCAAGUCACAGUUGGAAUUGCUUCAGCUAAACAUAAAUUCAAUGAAGCACCUGGAACUGUUCAGAAUACAGUCGGCUAUAAUUCGUAUAGCGGUAAAUUAUAUGCAAAUCGUAAAGAUACUGGAAAUAUGCGUGGACAUAAAUGUUACAAAGGUGAUACAAUGGGUGUUCAAAUAGAGGCAUUUGGCAAAGAAAUGAGUGUUGCAUUGUUCAGUAGAAAUUUUCAACCACUUGGUACACGCUAUUUAACAUUGAAUGAUCAUUCACAAUAUUUUCCAACUAUACUUAUUGAAAAUAAUGGAGAUCCUGUUGAUUUAUUAGUUCAUUGGCAAACACGAGUUUCUGUACCACCACAGUUUAGUAUGACGAACCCUGAAGAUUGGUGUUUACCGGAAGCAGCAAGCAUCGAUUUAAAACAGAAAAUGUUUAUUCUACCAGAACAUUUUGAUAAAUCAUUAUGCAUCCAAGCUCCUUGUAGUUUGAAUAAAAAGAAUCGUCAUUUUGAAAUGGUUCUUUUGGAAAAAUUCACGGACAAUGAACCGCCACCUGCGAUUGCAUUAUGUACGGCAUCACCGGCUGAUCCACCAUCAAAAUCUCAAUUCAGACAAGAUUAUUUACGUUUUUGGCCAACAGGCGAUGCUGCAAGAUAUUUAAAACAAGGCGAUAAAAUUGGCUGGGGUAUUAUAUUUCCGCAAGAAGAAGAUAGUUUAAUAGGAGAAAAUAAAGAACAAUUAAUAAUUUGUUAUUUAAGUGUUAACCGUGCGGUUGGUUAUGUUCGAGUACUUUAUCAACCAGUAGGUGGCUUUUAUCCGGUUGUUAUAGCUCCACCAAAUAUUAAUCUUAUACAAAUGGAUUUUUCUGCUACACAAAUAUUAACAGAAGAAUUUACUACUGAACAAAUAAAUGCAAUUCUUGCUGAUGCAAGACUACAAAUCGAAGCAGAAGAGCAGUUCUUAAACAAUCCAGAAUCAGCAGAUCCAGAUAGUAGUAAUGAUGCACAAACAAUGCCUCAAUAUCCAUAUGAUAUGAACUCAACAGUACCUUAUAAUUAUCAAUAUCCAUACGAUAUGACUACAGCAGUGUCUAGUAACUAUCAAUAUCCAUAUCCAUAUCCAUAUGAUGCGAGUUCAGCUGCAUACAGUAACUAUCAAUAUCCAUCUAAUACGAGCGCAACAGUACCUACUAAUAAUUAUACAGCACCACCACAGAAUCAAUCAGUAAAAUCAAGCACUUGUAUUAUUGCCUGA